AUGCCACUGUGUGAAAGGAACGUGUGCUAUAUACAAUGGAUUGUCUACAUCCCCACGUUCGUGGUGGGUUUACCCCUCAACCUGGCCACCCUGUGGCUCCUCCUCUUCAGGAUCCGUCGAUGGACUGAGUCCACAGUAUACCUCAGCAGUCUGAUCAUCAACGACAGCCUUCUCAUCUUUUCUCUGCCCUUCAAGAUAUACGCCUUCGGCCGCACCUGGGGCCUGAGCAUGGGCUUCUGCACCUUCCUGGAGAGCCUGGUGUUCGUCAACAUCUAUGGGAGCAUCGUACUGAUCGUGUGCAUCUCAGGCGACCGAUAUGUUUCUCUGCGGUUUCCAUUCAACGGCAAGCGUCUACGGUCGCCACGGAAGGCUGCCCUGGUAUGCCUGGCUGUGUGGGUGACGGUAUUCGCUUUCACCACACCCGUCUAUGAGCUCCACAACAAAAACACUACUAGCCUGCACAACAACGAAACCAGAUGUUUCGAAGGAUUCUCCAGGGAAACCUGGGGGAAGAAAUGGAUCAUUGUUGCCAUGGAGACGGUGUUCACAAUCAGCACUGUCACUAUGUUGUUCUUCUCGGUGCGCGUGAUGCAGAUCCUGAGAGAUAUGCGGCGUCGGAACCCGCUGGACAAGAAGGUGAGGGACAACAAGUCUGUGAAGAUCGUCCUGAGCAACCUGGUGGCCUUCAUGCUGUGCUUCAUCCCGUACCACGUGGCCGCAGUCGUCUACUUCCUGGCCAAGAACCGCACAGAGAACCCAGACGUCAUCGACCCCCUCAGAGACUUCGUCCACAUCAGCACCUGUCUGGGCAGUGUCAACUGUCUGACGGACGGGGUCUGCUACUACUUCAUCCUGAAGGAGAACCUGUUGACUGCCAGCCAGGAGAGGAGGAGGAUGUCCACUAGAGGGAACUACGUGGCAAAGCCCGGGGAAAUCAACCAGCAUCCGAUGGACAACAUCAUGGUCAAGGGACCCGGAGAGACAGGAUCAGACAACCAGGUCACUGGAGAUCGAUAGGACUUGCUAGAUAGAUGUGGUUUAUCGGAGUGGAGUGGAGAGCAGGGUGGAGGCGAUUUUCCUGUAGAUGGAUGUUUAUCACCUCUAUCUGGGAAACAGAAACUCAGAUCACCACAACAGAGAGGAGACAAGUCUCAUGAAAGACUCUCGAAGAAUGAAUGACUGGUGUGAGGUUCUAAUUCUCAGAGUAUAAAACUCAAAGGACAUUUAUGAAAGCUUAACAAAGUUUAUUCUGCCCAGAGCGUCAAUACAGCUGCAUUCAGAUAAAAACAUUUUCACACAAGCACUGAUAUUUAACUGUUCCUCAUAGGCUGAGUCUCCUCCUACCCAUCUGUACAAACAUCAUUCUUUACUGCUAGGCAGGACACUAGUGAUACGGACCAUAAACUUUUAUUUCUCCCUUAAGGUGACCUGACCUGACCUCAACCUCCCUCCAUCACUAAUCCACAGCUCUCUCCCCUUAUCAAUGCCUGCCACAUGUAAUCGCUUCUGAUGGGUGUCACCUUGGGGUCAUGAUAGUGGCUGCACCAAAUGAUUGAUGUAUUAUAAUAAUUGAUUAUGCAUAUGUUGUAUGAAUAGAAGGGGAAGGGCUAUAAGACCCUCCCCCACUACAUUUAUACGGUACUGGACCACAGAUUAGCAAUAUAUUCCUUAUAAGGUUUAAUACUGUUCCACAGUUAUUUUCUAGUCUCUGCCUCUUAUAAGAAACGGUCUGAGCAGAUAUGUGAGCCAUUGCAGUGAAAACAGGGUGUCUGUGAGAAAGCGCCUCAAGGCUAAAAGAGAUACAUAGACACAGACCCCUGCAGGGGAGUAAAUAGAUAGGAGACAAGUUAAACAUACCACUGUAAGCCACACAGGAAUGGAAAAUUACUGCUGGGCUAUUGUUUUCUCCUGCAAGUUUGCAUAACUGUAUAUGCAUGGGCUUGGUCUCAUGAGUAGAAGGUGUUGAUGUAGGCAGUUACAUUACUAGGGGUUGACUGCAAGCAUAUUAAAGCAACUUUGACCUUUUUUAUUUUGCAGAACUUACUCUGAAACAUGCGUGGUGUGUUUCCGUUGUCAACUUCUGUCUGCAAUUGCAUUAAUAAAGGUUUGAUUGAUUUA